UUUAGCGGCGAAGAAGGACCGACCAGUCCCCGAAAGAAAGCCUGCGGCGAUCCAGUUAAAUUAAUCCAUUCCAUCCUCCUUUUUUUUUUUUUUUUUUUUCUCUCUCUCUCUCUCUCUCUAGACACACGCUUUGUCGCUCUCUCGCCCUCUCGCCCUCUCGCCCGCGCGCGCUCUAAUCUGCGUAACCGGAAACAUCGGACGAGAGAGAAGGAAAAAUAAGGAAGACUUGUCGAGGAGCGAGGGAAAAUAGAGGAGAAAGCGGGCAAUGCUGCGAUCGAUUGGUUGUAGCUCUUCGAUCACGCGCUGCAUAUGGGGGGAGGGGCUCUCGUGGACGAAUUUCGUCGUUGGUUCCAACGUCGUUCUUCCGAUUCUUCUUCUAACAAUAACCAUGAUGAUAUGAUCAAUGACACCGGCAACCGUGUAUUUGUGAGCGAAAAGAUAACAGUUGAACGAGAACAAGGAGAGGAAGAAGCGCAGGAGCUUGAGAUCGUGAGGGAUUUUGAGAUUUCUGGUUUGAAGCAGAUCAAAGUUCCCAAACGAAACGUUAGCAACAGGGUCGCCGCUAUGGAUGCUCAUAAGAAGAGUAUGCUUGACACAGAAUUCUUCACAGAGUAUGGAGAGGCAAGUCGAUACCAAAUUCAAGAGGUCGUUGGCAAAGGAAGCUAUGGUGUUGUAGGCUCUGCAAUUGACACCCACACUAGAGAAAGGGUGGCUAUUAAGAAGAUCAAUGAUGUUUUUGAGCAUGUUUCUGAUGCUACUCGCAUUCUCAGAGAAAUCAAGCUCCUUCGGCUGCUUAGACAUCCAGAUAUUGUAGAAAUAAAGCAUAUAAUGCUUCCUCCAUCUAGAAGAGAAUUUAAAGAUAUUUAUGUUGUUUUUGAGUUGAUGGAAUCUGACCUUCAUCAAGUAAUUAAGGCAAAUGAUGAUCUUACUCCUGAACAUUAUCAGUUUUUCCUAUACCAGCUUCUUAGAGCUCUAAAAUACAUACACACAGCAAAUGUGUUCCAUCGAGAUUUAAAACCAAAAAACAUUCUCGCUAAUGCAGACUGCAAACUGAAGAUUUGUGAUUUUGGGCUUGCUCGUGUGUCAUUUAAUGAUGCCCCAUCAGCUAUUUUCUGGACUGAUUAUGUGGCAACCCGUUGGUAUCGUGCUCCUGAACUAUGCGGUUCUUUUUUCUCCAAAUACACCCCUGCAAUUGAUAUUUGGAGUAUAGGAUGCAUAUUUGCAGAAAUGCUCACAGGGAAGCCUCUGUUUCCUGGAAAGAAUGUGGUGCAUCAAUUGGAUCUCAUGACUGACUUGCUUGGCACUCCUUCUGCUGAAUCCAUUUCCAGGAUUCGGAAUGAAAAGGCUAGAAGAUAUUUAAGUAGCAUGCGGAAAAAACCACCAGUUCCUUUCUCACAAAAGUUCCGUGAUGCAGAUCCAUUGGCUCUUCGUCUACUUGAACGUCUGCUCGCAUUUGAUCCUAAAGAUCGUCCAACUGCUGAAGAGGCAUUAGCUGAUCCAUAUUUCAAUGGUUUAGCAAAUGUGGACCGUGAACCAUCAUCAACACAACCCAUUUCCAAACUUGAGUUUGAGUUUGAAAGGAGGAAAUUGACAAAAGAUGAUGUGAGAGAGUUGAUUUAUAGGGAGAUUUUAGAGUAUCAUCCUCAAAUGCUGCAAGAGUAUCUUCGUGGUGGAGACCAGACUGGUUUCAUGUACCCAAGUGGAGUUGAUCGGUUUAAGCGACAAUUUGCACAUCUUGAGGAGCAUCCUGGUAAAAGUGAAAGAGGAACUCCACUUUUAAGGCAGCAUAACUCCUUGCCAAGAGAACGGGUUAAUAUUCCAAAGGAUGAUGAUGCUGACCAAAAUAACAAUUAUGAAAUGCGAACAGAAGAUUCUGUUCUCCGUACAACCCUUGACAGCCCCCCACGUGAUGCAAAUGAGGAUGCACCAGCUAUGCAAAAUGGCCCCAGUAAACCAAACUACAGUGCCCGUAGUCUGUUAAAGAGUGCUAGUAUCAGUGCCUCCAAGUGCAUUGGUGUAAAAGGAAGAAUAGAUACUGAGGAGGAAUCAAUUGGCAAAAAUGAUGACGGGGUUGAUGGUUUAUCAAACAAGGUUGCAACACUCAAUGCCUGAUCUAUACCUUUGGUCAGAUCAAUUGAGUGGGAUGACUAUAUUUUUCCUGGCCUACAUGCUUCAUCUCAUUUUGUACACUAAUGCAUCCCUCUCUACAAUCUGCAUCCAAGCCGAUCGCAAUGUUUCAGACAGAUGCUAGCUGUGCGAUGUCACUAGAAUUCUUUCAUCAGUUAUGCCUGGUUUUAUUAUUGCUAUUCUAUUUCAUUCUUUUCUGCACAAAUUUUAUUGCCUGGUAGCAACAACAAAGAACUACAGUUCUUCCAGUGCUGAUUAGAAAGUACUUAGGGCUUGGACUUGGAUACACUUGUGGCUCCAUUGUCCAACUUUCCAUACUUCAGUAUCCAUGCCAUUGUAUAAUCUUUCUUCCUUUUUCCCCUUAAAUCUGUUGAAUGGGCAUUUUCUUUCUUUUUUUGGGGCAAGCCUCCAAAUGAACCUAGAAUGAAUCAAAUGAUUAAAUUCAAUGAUCGAAGUUUCGGUAGCAA